AUGAAGCAGCCUGAUGCGGAUCCGCAGGCCUUCAUCUCUAGCUAUGCCCCUCGAUUGCGCACCUAUGCCAAUUCACUUCUCACCCCGGUAAUUCAACCUGCGACAGCUCUCGCGGCACCCUUAUCAAGAACAACCAAGAGAGGAACGACGGCGAUCAACUAUGCCGAGGACGGCUAUGAUUAUGAUGAUGACGACGAUGAUGAUAGUAGGAGAAGACCGACUGGCUUGAGGAGCAUACGAAAGGAAGAUCUGGCCGCGGCGAAACAGGACAUUGGCGACAAGGUUGGAAAGGUAGCCUCAGAACCGGUCGAGGUCCAAGGUGUAUGGAGAGAAUGGAUGGGAAAGAUGCGGAACGCGAGGUCGGACCUACAGAACUACGCCCAAGCUUCUCUGCCGUUGACUCUGAUCCCCAUCCGAAUCGACCUUGACAUCCCCGCGUUCAUUCCUCCUUCUGCCCUUCCACCUCCGGUAAACAUUCCGUACGGCACGAACAUCAAUCUUAACAACCCAGAAUACAAGUCACAAGAGAUGACGGUACCGUAUCGCCUGAAGGAUAUCUUCCUGUGGAAUCUGCACGAGACCUUGAUUACGACAGAUCAGUUUGCUCAAACUCUGGUGCAGGAUCUUGAUCUUCCCAACCGUGCCAACACGGCAGCUGAUAUCAGCAAACAAAUCCGGACACAGCUAGAGGAAUAUGCUGGUGUUGCUCUGCACCCCCUCUUCCACACCCAGGAGACGGCCAAUGAGGACGGCAUCGUUGAGACGACCAUAAAGCCAGCCCUUAUUUCAACAGAGGCCUCAUCAACGCCAGCCAGUGGAAACGAUAUACCUAUGCAAAAUGGUAACAGCAAACCAAACAGAGUAAACACAGAGCCAAAGCCGGAAGACGUCACAGCUUCCGCGGCUCCUAUAACCCCAGAUUCCGAUGACUUCAACCCGGAUGACACAUAUCGAUGCAUCAUCAAUUUGAACAUCAACCUGUCGGAGUGGCUCUAUACGGACAAGUUUGAGUGGUCGCUGUUGCACCCCCCUGGAACAGCCGAGAUAUUUGCCAAGCAAACGUGCGCUGAUAUUGGUCUGCCCGCAGAGUGGAUUCCAGCCAUGGCUCAUGCCAUCUACGAAGCUGUUCUGAGAUUGAAGAAGGACGCUUGCGAGAGUGGAGGUCUUGUCGUUGGAUUUGGUGUUGACAUACCUAACGAAGCAGCUCACGCAGCAGAGGCUGGCUGGAGAUAUGAUAACGAGCAUCUGGCAGGUGACUGGGCACCAAAAAUCGAAAUGCUGUCCAAGGAUGAGAUGGAGAAGCGCGAAGGAGACCGAGAGCGGCAGAUUAGAAGAUUGAGACGCGAGACAGCUCGAUUCUCGUCCACAGCUAUGAUGAUCGGAGGCAACCCGCAAGCUGAGGCUAAAGGUUACCUCGACCCCGAGCCAUCCGAAGAUCGUAUGGGUAGAGGCGAGCGCAACAAGAAGAAGCGGAGGUUCAGAAGUUUGAGUCCGAUGAGGUCUGGAGGAAGAGGCACCCCCGAUGCUGGAGCGCAGAGUUACGGCGGGGGUGGGUCUCUCUCGGACUUUGAGCGACAGUCAUGGAGAUGUAGGCAUUGUCAGAUCUGGGGUACUUCGGUCUGGGGGAUUCGGGACGGUCCGCUUGGCCCUAAGACUCUGUGUAACAAUUGCGGUUUCGUCUUCGAGCGUGAUCGCAAGCUCCCAAAAUGGGCGAAGGAUCUGCAUAGAAGCGAUUUAAAACCUUCUGAUUACCGAUGA